AUGUUCAAGUAUUUUAUUUUAAUAUUAAAUAUUUUGGGCCUUAUUUUGACAGCAGAAGCUCAAGUUUAUCAAAAUAAUUUGAAAGUUUCAACGCGAUUAGACUUAUCGGGGUCCUUGAAGCAUCUUUGUGGUGAAGAUGAUCAAAAUGAUAACGAUCAAGUGGUCUCCUGUGAUUGCCUGAGUAAAUUGUCAGUUGUUUCGACCGUCCAACAUUACAAAGAGAGCAAUCAAAAUGGCGUGAACACUUACGCGUUGCUUCACGAAACUGAAGAAAACUUGGAAGUUUAUGGCUCCGGACGCUUCAAUUUUCAUAAUGUUAAGUGCGUAGAAAAUAAUGAGGUUAAAAAUGUUAAGAGUCGGUACACUUAUUGGUUCCAUGUCUAUUUUACUUACUCAGUUGUACCUAUACCAAAUAAAGUACUUGAUUACGUGGACUAUGAAGAUGAGGAUCUAUUGCCAGUAACGAUUGUGAAUAUUACUCUUGAAAAUGCACCUAAGUUUAAAUAUUUAAAAUUAAAAUUGGACGAUAGUGAAAUUUAUAAUUUUGAAGAUAAUUUGGGAACAAUGUGUGGGGAAUCUCUAGAAAAAGGUUUUAUGGAACAUACAUUGUGGAGCAUUAUUGAUCAAGUUCUACUACAUAAUGACAACAAUUGUAAUUAUCCCAAGGGUUCGACUUUCCCGAUUGUCGAAAAAAUGCCAAUGACCGUAACAGUCGACGAGCCUUUGAAGAGUGGAAUGUAUACGCUUGCGUUUUCAUUUUUUUUAGAAGGUGAAAGUGUAACACUCGAUUGGUAUGGUAAAACUUUUUGGUACUUGGAAGCUGGUAGUACUUGA